AUGGAUAUUCGCAAACUCUUGUCGUCCAAUACCUCUUCACCCCUGGCCCCAUAUCAGGGCCAGACCAAUCAACCACGCCCGUCUGUGUCGCCUGCAGUUGUCGCCGCUGCGCCACCGAAAUCCGUACGAGUUCCCAGCGAACCCUCUCCAGAAAUUGAGGAACCCGCGAUCCCUGCCAGUGUAGAUCCACACGUAGCAGGCUUUCUCCAGACAGCACUUGGAACACGGAAAUGGAGGAUUUUCGCCAGUAAGCUCUGUGAACGUCGCGAUCCCGAUGCUCCACCAGCAAGCCGGGCCAACGAGGCUGGCGGGACAAGCGGGCCAAAGGCGAAAGCGAAGAGAAUGGCCUCUGUAAACCUCCCAGAGGUCGAGGAUGGCGUCUUGCAUGGCGGAACAUCGCCCUGUGCGAUCGCCUUCCUGGUCAAGGUUGAAGUUGUCAAAGAGGUCUUGCGAAAUUACGUCCCAAACCCAUAUCAUCCGACCAAGGUCGAGUCGCACCCCUAUCCGCCCGCCCCAGGGGGAUUUGUGCAUGUGACACGGGCCAGUGUGCUUGCAUUAUGCCAAUGGUCGAACACCCAGUUUGCCUAUUGGUCCAGACGCUCCGAAGCAGUCUCUGUCCUUGCCUGUCAUGAUUCUGGCUUGCGAGAUCUGUUUUAUGUCCUCUUCGAGCGUUUGUACCAGCGACCGCCACCACCAAAUGCAUUUGCCGCAUAUUCCCCCGUCACGACAUCGACAUCUUGGUCUUCAACAGCGUCCUCGUGCGGAUCGCCUCCCCCUUCCCAUUCAAAGCAACCCUCCAUCAGUCAAAGCCAUCAGAGAGAUAUUGACGUGGUAGAGGUCGAGCGUAGACUAAGAGUUGCUCGCUCCUUUACUGGCAAGGGUCUCGACGGUGUCAUCGCCGAAGUCAAAAAGCGCACAGGAGCCAGUCAAUUCUUGAGGGGUCGACAGUCGAGUCUAGAUCCCUUUGGCGCGUACUUGACAACUGGAGCAGCGGCGUAUGACCCAAAUUGGCCUGUAGUGAUGCCUUCCUUUCAUGGAAAGCAGUCUCACUCCAGAGCAUCUUCCGACAAUUAUGACCAUCUCACGACAUCCAUGCCUUCAGGACUUUUGACGAGUUCGCGGGCGAGCAGUGGGCUUGGCUCGCCCAUGAUGAGCCUGCCACGGCCAUCGUACGACGCCAGUAACGAACGACUCUAUGACCGACGAUUAGCGUCAAGUAUGCCCGGAUAUGACCAUGACUUUAGAUUCCCGACACGACUUGCCUCCAGCCCCGCCGGCAGCGAUUCCCCGUACUCGAGGUCAUCGACAGCGGGGAGCAAGCGUAAACGGGACGACAGCUCCUCUUCUGACGAGGACGAGCCCGUUGCGUCUGCCGACCUGAGACGACUUGCGAGGCCGAGGGCGGUCAGCGACUAUGCGAUUGCCCGCUCGGCGCUUGCAAAGCGCGCAAAACGAGAUAUCUAG